AUGACUUUAGAUUCAGUUGAAGCUUAUCACAUUCUCCGUAAUGGAAUUACUGGUGGUCUAUCAAAUGUUCAACAUCGUGUUAAUCUUAAAGGAAUCACGCACAUUAAUAAACUUUCAUAUAAUCCAGAAACUAAAACUGUAUCAAAUGAGGACACCACCAACAUUAUGACUCAUUUCGUUGGAGUUGACUUUAAUUCAUUAUAUCCUUCAUCAUUUUCAUCUAAUCCUCAUGAUUUCAUUCAAUAUACUGACCAUAAAAUGUAUAUGCCGGGAAGAUUGAAUGGUGUUAUCAUUUGUGAUACAGCAACAAAGAAAGCAAAAGCACUGGGAAUUAUUAGAAAGAAAAAUACUUUAUUCGUGGCUGAAGUAAAGGGUCACAUUGAUGAAAAAUACAUUAAUGAUUACAUAAACUUUUUACCAAUAAUAAGAAACUUAGAUAUUAUCACAGAUGAAAAAACAAUUGGCAGUUUUAUGUAUAAUUACAUGAAAUCAAACAAUCUACCAGUUGACCAGAAACAGAGAAAAUUAACUCAGUUAGCAUCAACACACAACCAAUAUCAACCAUUUUCUUCUUAUUAUCUUUGGUAUCUAAUAGACAGAUUUCAUUUUAUCAUUGAUGAUAUUCAAUCAAUUUUAACAUUUACGAAAAACACUUGCUUUAAUGAAUUUGCGAACGAAUUUAUGAACGAAAGACAAAAGGCUGAAUUAGAAGGAAAUAAAGGAAAAAGUUUAUUUUGCAAGAUUUCACUUAAUGGAUCAUAUGGUUACGAUGCAAUGAAUACACAAAAUUACGCAAAGACUAAAAUAAUGAAUGCACAGAAGGCACGCGUUGCAUGUAUGUCAAAUAAGUUUAAAAACAUAAGAGAAAUAGGUGAAGAUACGUAUCAAGUGAUGCUUAAAGAUAGAUUUUAUAGAUGUGAUACAUGUUUACAAGAGGCAUUCUUCACUUUAGAUAACGCAAAAUACUG